AUGGGUUGCGAGAGAAAGAUCGUACGGAACUUGGAUCCAGAGAGGAAAAGGAGCGGUGGGCUCAGGACUAAGCAGGCGGGAAGAGGGUCGUGUCGCGGUAGUUAG